UUUCCUUUUGGCUAUACUGGUUUUGUUUUUUGUUUUAAGACUGCAUUUACAACACUAUGCCCAUUUUAAAAGUGCCAGUACAUUAUAACUUUGGCAUUGUGUCCCGUGAUGAACACGAAAGGCUUCAUCACAGACUGGUGGCUCAAUAUAUGAAAAAAGAUUCAACUGAUUUCAAGAGAAAACCACGUAGAAAUCCAUUUGAACUUACUGAAGAAUUCAUUGAGAAUUUCAAUAAUGCCUCGGAAACAGAAAGAAAGGAAGCAUUCACAGAUCUGGCUAACAAAAUGCUUGUUAGAUGCAAGAGACGAUUGGGUCUCAAUGUAUUAGGUUGUGGAAAGUAUGUGAAUCUUCCAAUAGGAUGGACUGAGGCAAUAAUGCUAUCGCAGUGCAAAGGAGAAAUUAGUGAAGAAGCUCUUGAGAUUCUUGGAAUUUCAUUGGAUCAUGCCCCUAUUGCUCCAGAACACAUCAGUAUUUUAUUUUUUGUAGCGGAAUGCAUUUUGUAUAAACUCUGUUACGACGCAGCACAGAAACCAUAUCUAUUCUCAUGUGAAAUCAAAUUGUUGAAGCUUGGAUUUUUAGUCUUUUUAAGAAUACUUCUGCUAUAUUUAUUUGGUUACCAGAGGUUUUCCAAAGAACACAAAUCCAGACUUCACACUGGCUUGAAAGCAUUAGCCGCAUGUGAAAUGUGCUAUCAACUUUACCCAAACAUCCUUUUUAUGGUGCAGUUUAUGCUGAAGGCUGGAGAAAUUAUCUGUGAAACAGCAGUGGUUUUUGAAUCACAAUUAGAAUCCCAGAAAAAUUUAGAAGAAAUGGAGGAAGAAACACUUCAUGACACAGCUUUCACGACUGCCAGCUCAGCAGCUGAGUUAAAUUCCAAACAAAAGCAAUUCAGAAUUAAGCCAUUUCUUUGGCACAGCCUUCUUGUUUGGGUUUGUGUACAUAAUAGCACCUCUGAAAUAGAUGCAGUCCUCAUGCAUGUCCUAUUCUAUAAGGAACAGCUUCAUCAAAAAAACUGGUUGGAAUCAGUACUGGCCUUGAUGGUACUGGGAGAAAGUGCCAAAUUAAAUAUGUCAUGUCUGAAAAAUUUAAUGGACCUAGUGAAAUAUUUUAUUUCAAGCUCUGUGCCUCUUCAAAAACAGGAAAAAAAUAACAAGAAAAAGAUGUCAUGUUGGCACUGGCAAGUAGGAUACAUAUAUACGAAUAUCCUCAGAGAAAUCUGUUUGCAUGGCAUUAAUGCAGAAUUACAAAAAACCGCUUUUCUUGGAUUCUGUGACUGCGGAAAGGAACAUGAUAAUGACAGAGAAUUAAGAGGAGCAAAUUUUCUUGAUCUUUUGAACUUCUGCCUUCCUUUUGAUGAAUAUAACGAUCCCUUCUGGGUUAUACGUUAUGGUGUGAUCUACAAUCUUGUUAUCCUGCGUAGUGAACUAUUGGGAGAUGUGAAUCGAGAAGGAUUAAGAAAUGCUGUCUGGCGAACUUUACAAAAACAAAAGGGUGCUGAAAAGGAUAGUCGAGUCCUGGAUGCAGCAAAAGUAGCAGAGGUUGAAGCCAAAGGUCAAAUAAACACUUGCCUUUCAUCAAAUUCUACCUAUCUCUUGUCAUCCCAAUGUAUUGGUUGGAGAGUCACUACUGCCAUGUGUCGUCACUUCCUGCCACCCAUUGGUCCUAAUAUCCCUUUGUCUCGUCUGCCUGAGAGGAAACCAGUAUUACUGCCGCAUCAAAAAUUGGAGCCAGUGGUUACAGACAAGAAAACCAAACGCUUGUCUUUAAGGGAAGAACUUUUGCAAGCUGGUGUACCAAAAUAUCCAUAUCCUGAUUACCUUACACGUACUGAUAUGGAACUAAGGAGAAUCAUAAAUGCUCAGUGGGAAAGGGAAUUGCAAAUCAGGCUUCAGCUAGAAGAGAAACUCCAAGAAUUAGAGCUUCAAGCAAAGCAAAAAUUGGAAGAGGAGCACUUCAGGCAAAUAAUGAUAUGGCGCCUAGAAAAGCUUCACAAGACAACCAAGCCAUAUGAACUGCCCUUUAAACACGAAGACACAAAAACAACAGAAGCAAGCAGUAGCACUCAGCUGUCAGAUGUAUAACUGUCAGAAACAUGGAAACCAGCUGUGUAAGAAGAUAACUACACCUUAAAGGCAAAUAAAUGUAUUAAAGCUUCUUUUCCCCUAUCACACUCUUUUUUUUUUUAGUUAAAGCUCUGCAAUACUGAGUAAUGAAGUCUGGAUAAGAAAGUGCUAAAGCCAUAAUUGCUGCUGUAUUGCUGAUUGCAGUUGCUUCUCCAACAGUUUUUCAUUGUGAUGUUCCACAUGUGUGUUUAUAAGAAUAAAAAUACACCAGAAAUCCUAUGAGGGUAGUUAGACCAGCUUAAGAGUGUUUUUGCAUAUAAACACAGAA